AUGUCGGACUACGCACCGCCUUCUGGGCCACCUCCACCGCGGCUCCCGGAAGGCUGGAAGGCUGUCUGGAAUGAUCAAUACAAAGAAUGGUUCUACGUCAACCUCCAUACCAAACAAUCGACAUGGGAGAAGCCUACUGCGCCGGCCGUUGGCGGUGAUGAUGCCCCGCCUGGAGGCCCUCCCCCGUCUUACUCCCCUGGUCGGAACGCUCCUCAAGUGUCCGACACAAAGCGCCCGCUAGAGUCGAACAAUCCAUACAAUACGAGCAGUACAGCCAGAGGAUCCCACGAGACAGAUGAAGAGAUGGCUCGACGCCUCCAAAGAGAAGAAAACACCCGCGGCGCGGCCGAGUCAUACUAUAACCCCAGCAGCAGCCCCGGUCCCAAUCCUCCUGGCAUCCAAGGCGGCUACCCCGGUGCUCCCACGUCCCCUUCGAAUCCUGGUCCUCAGCUGCCUCCACGACCGGACAGCGCCGGCAAAUCCAGGGGUCUCUUUGGAAAGUUGCUCGGAAAGUCGAGUGGCAGCUCCUCGCCAUAUCCACAGCAAGCACGUCCCGGUGCCGGUUACCCUCCCCAGCCAGCAGGCUAUAACCAAGGCUACCCAGGGUCCCCGGCUCCAGGUUAUGGUGGUCCUCUUCCUGGCCCUGGAUACGGCGGCUAUGGACCACCGCAAGGUUAUGGCGGAUACGGGUCUCCUGGCCCAGGCUACGGUCCUGGUCCGGGGUAUGGCGGCUACGGUGGAUAUCAACAAGCUCCGCCUAAAAAGUCUGGACUCGGUGCAGGAGGCGCCGCCGCACUAGGUCUCGGUGGUGGUCUCCUUGGUGGUGCGCUGCUUGCUGAUGCCUUCAAUGAUGGGGAGCAAGGCGCCUAUCAGCAAGGUUACGACAAUGGAGCAGACAACGGCGACGGCGGUGGCGAUGGCGGUGAUGGUGGUGAUGGCGGUGGAGACUUCUAA